AUGUACGCCCAGGCAGUGGCUGACGGCGCAGACCCACGUGCUGAUCUUUCGGGUUCCAGCCUGCCGCCAAUCGUGUUCAUCCCUGGCUUUGCUGGGAGCUUGCUUGAUGCAAGCGUUAGCAGGCAUCGUGCCGCGAAUCCGAUGUGCAGCUUGAGCGGGACAGAUCGCGUCUGGUUUGAUACCGAAUACUUCGUCCCUUUGCUUAUCGACUGCUGGAUGGAAGAGAUGAGACUGCAGCUGAACGUAACGGCUUCCAUGAGCAGCGCUCUGGAGCUUGAGGACGAAGCAGAAGGUGUGCAUGUCCACACCGUCAGCUAUGGUAGCAUCAAGGACUCGCUCUUCGACUACGGUGUCUUCCAUGGUGGGACAGGGGUCUGGACUCCAAUCAUUGCGCAACUGGAGAAGCUGGGCUUCAACGCCUCGCACCUGUUUGCUGCCCCGUACGACUGGCGCCGUGGUCCAGGCUACUGGAAGCAGCACGACUGGCCUCGCUUGAAGACGUUCCUGGAGGAGAAGGUCCGCGAGUUUGCUCAGCCUGCCAUCGUCAUGGCGGUGUCACAAGGCUCGCCGUUCUUUGCAGGGUUCCUCCAUCACGCCGGGGUGGAUGCUGAUUGGAAGAAGGAGCACAUCGCGUCCUUCUUCUCCUUCUCCGGGGUCUUCGGCGGCACCGUGGGAGGCCUGGGCCUGGCGAUGUGGGGAGAUGCCCGGCCGCUGGGUGCCUCCCACGCAGCCUACGACCUGAAAGUGGACUUCGCCUCCCGGAAAAGUCUUCAGGACCUGCUGCGCGGAUGGGGAGGUGUGAGCAUGUUGUUGCCACGCAUCCAUCCUGAAGCCGCCUUCAUCCAGCUGCCGCCGGCUUUCAACGGCAACGUCACCUGGGAGAACUUGGACGAGGCCCUCGGGCGCGUUUCCACGGAGUUCGGGGCCCUCUACGAGCUGUCGCUGUACUAUCCCAUCUCCGGGCACCCUGGCGUGAAGACGCACUGCUUCUUCGGCUCGGCGCUGCGCAGCCCAUCCCAGUAUGUCUACCUGUCGACACCAACGAACUCUUCGGAGAGCAAAAGCCUCAUGGACCAAGGCCUCGAGGCGGCCACGCAGCUCCGGCAGGGGAAGAAGCCAGACUUGAUGUCCCUGCUGGGAGGGAUUGGCAAGCUAGCGGAGGAGUUCAUUGAACCAGCGAGCAACGAAACGGCUCCUUUGGUGCCAGCGGGACCGCCCGGGAGCAUCGAGUGGUGGGACUCCGUUGGACAGCUGCUGUCUUACCGGCGGCCAGACGAGCUCGUGACCACUGAUGGGGACGGCCUGGUGCCUCGGGAGUCCCUGGCAAUCUGCGAGGCCUGGGCUCAAGCAGAGGAUCCCUCGCUUGCUGCGGAGAUCCACGAGGUGAAAGGGCGCAGCCACGGCUCGGAGCUGUUUGAUCCCGAGGUGCUCUUGACAAUGCGAGCAUCCGUUGCGAAGGUGGCCGGCGUGAAGAAUCCAGAUGACAGGAGCACACCGUUUUGGAAAGCCGUCUCGUAUGGACAAAGACAUGGCGCGACCUUUGGAAGAAUUCAUCCAGAUUCUUGGGCCCGACGUUGCAAGAUGGGACUGCCGAACGUGGGCGAUGCAGUACUUCAGUGA